CCGUGUCUGCGUGUUUGACCCUAGCCCCCUGCGUGCACACUUAACCGAAAUAGGAUUAGUGUUCGUCGGGCCUCCUCGAUCUUUUCGACGUCGCGCCUCACGCGGGCAUCAGUCAUCCACAACUUUACCUUCGGACAUUGACUUGCUUGACAACUUUCCAUCGCAACCAUUUUUUCCGCAAACGCCGAUUUUGAUCAUCGUUGUUCCAUUCGUGUAACUCGCUAUAGCUUUUUUCAUCACUUUGCUUUUCAACCAUCGAUUUCACUUCUUUUGACGACGAAUGAUAGAGUAUUCAGCGCUUGCUUCCUCGAGAUAAUUUAACCGUAGGGUGGACGAUUGGGACCUAAUCCUAAACCGAUAAGUAGUAAAGAGAGGGAAAAGGUAUAUAGAAGAAUUGAGGAGUUGAGAAGAAUUAGGCUUUGGGAUUGGAAUUCAAGAUGCAGGCCCCUUCUGCUUCUCAGAGAUCGCUACAGCGACGGUCACCCGGACCCGAUGGUAUUCCCAAUGCUCCUAUGCGCCCGAUGUCACCAGCCGGUAUGCAGCCGCGGUCUUCAACGGCUUCAAAUAGAUCCGUUGGGAGUAGUUCCUCUAGACGUAAUCAAUCUAAUGGGGCAUCUAUGCCACUAUCUCAAAUAGAAAAGAGUGUUACGCAUCUACUCGUCGCGACGAAGCAACUACUCGAGACAUUAACGCAGUGGUCGCGCGGCCAAGCCACCGAUACUCAAGUAUCCGACGUCUAUGUUAGAUUGGGUUAUGAGUUUAAUAUGGCCUGCCGUGCAUUUACUGCAAUCAAUGUAGACACAUCCGACCUAGGAAACGUCCCAGAAAACUUAAGACACAUAUUAGAGGCUACUCUGAGCCAGGAGGCCAACACGGAGAGUCUUGAGAAGUAUCUGCCACGGAUACGAGACAUCAUCAUACAUCUUCUACACGGUCUUAAAAGAAAACAGCAGAAAUUGCGUCAGAAGCAAAGUCGAGAUAAAGACGGGAAUACUUCGCCUGAAUCAGCUAGCAUUGCUAGCCGUACCAUGAGCAGCAGCACCACUGGAAGUAAUAACACUGGCCUUACAAGCCUUCUAAACGAGGGAAUCGAGAACGGGUACGCUAGCCCCCAACAGAACGAAAGGAUGGCACCACCACAGCAACAGCAGAGCGAAGGCCCGCCACCGCCGGUGGUUAGUCAGUCCCCCAAUCGACGAACUCUACCGCGAGACCAGUCCAACGCUUCCUUCAACUCCGAGCAAUCAUCUCUGUCAAGUAAUACUAUGCAGAACAUACCAGUGCUUCCUCCAUAUCCCGGAGAUGAGACUACAAUACCUACAGGGCCCUCAGGGGGUAAUUUCGAUAUUGACUCAUUCCCACCACCCCCUCCGCCGCCAAAAACGCAGAGCGCGUUCGCUGCUUUGCAAAGAGGAGGGGAUCUGGAAAGAAGAGCAUCGCGAAGGUAUUCCGCCUAUCAGAUAUCCAAACAUCUGGGAGCACCAACCAAUGGUGUGCCUAUGCUACCUACUCAGAACACCCCAAUACCGAAUCGCGGACGUGGAGAAGUAAGAGAAUCAUUGCGAGCAGUCCAAGUUCGUGAAACUUUACGGCAUAGUCGUAACACAUCCAACCAAUCUAAAAAUGCGUAUGAAGCGUCUUCGCCGGUUCGAAUCCCCAGCAAGGUUACCGAGGAGGGCUCGAAACCCGAUCUACCACCCCCCCAAUCGGAAAGUCCGCCGGCUCAAUCCCCAGAAGAGAGGUACAGACCUUCUGCUACUAUAUCCGGACCUCUAGACGAUGCCUUUCCCGUAGUGGGGACCCCGACCCCGACCUCGCCCGAGAAGCCAAAGCCAAGGAUAGAUACAAAUGUAGAACCCAAGGCGCGGCCCCAAACCCCUCCGGAAAAGCAGCGCAAACAAUCCAUACAAGAGCAAUCACCUCCCUUGGACAAAGAGCUUACCUUGUUUUUGCAAUACAAGUCCAAGGUGAAGAAGUUUGUACUUCCGGAGGGUUAUACAGGCUUGUCGAUUGGACGCUUGCAGCUUGCAUUCAUCGAGAAGUUUUCCUGGAACACUGCCCUAAACGGAAGCGAUCUUCCGGAGAUCUAUAUUCAAGACCCCAUCUCCGGGGUGCGGCACGAGCUUGAAGACUUAUCCGAUAUCAAAGACCGUACAGUUCUUGCGCUAAACGUCGAGCCGCUUGACGAGGUCAAGAAACACUUUGAUGAGGGUUUUGUGGUCUUAAAAAAGGCAGUAGAUGAGAUAAAGCAGAACGUUACCGACCAAGGAUCUGCUUUGCAAAGAGUGUCAGAUAGGCAAUUGGAGACGGCCAAGGAGAUGGCUCGUAUGGCUGCAGCACCGCCGGCCAUCGUGGACGGUGUUAAGCUUGGCGGAGCUGGCGCAGGCGCCAAACUCAAUAAUGGCCAACUUAGGGAGUUGCAGACUCUACGACGGGAUCUGGCCGUCUUACGACAGACGUAUUCGAACUUCCAGACCGAGAUCCAGAGCUCUAUGUCUUCAUUACGAAGCAAAGCAGCUAAUGUCAAGGUUGCGGCUGCCAAGGCUUCAGUGCCCGAGGAAGGUGACUCUGGGUAUGCCUAUGUGAUGAAAGGUCGCAAACAACUCAAUUCAGACUCUGACCGACUCGUUACCAAAGUGGAUGACCUUCAAGAUCUGGUUGAAGACUUGCGCAAGGACGUCGUUAAUCGCGGCGUGAGACCCUUGCCACGUCAACUAGAGGGCGUAUCUAAGGAUAUCCAAGUCCUGACCAAAGAGCUCAAGAAGGUGCAAGAGUAUAUGAGGCGAGAGAAGCCGAUUUGGACUAAGAUUUGGGAGAAAGAAUUGGAAGAAGUCUGCCAGGGUCGUGACGAGCUCAAGGUCAUGGAAGACCUAAUGAUUGACUUACAAGAUGACAUCGAAAAGGCUUCUGAGACUUUCACAUUGGUUGAGCAAGCUACCAAGGAACAGAUGAAGGAAAGUGCGCCAACGUCACGACAGUUCUCAAAGGGCCUGCAUAAUCUCGGGAACAGCGCCGACCCAACCGCUGCAAAGGAGGGUGUGUUAGGCGAAGUAAGAGCUCUGCAGCCGAAUCACGAAGACAGGCUACAGGCCAUAGAACGUGCAGAAAAGCUACGGCAGAAGGAAUUGGAGAGCCGGCGAGAGAACCCUCUGAUGAAGGAAUUGACUAAAUUUGUCGCCGAGGGAAGGUUGAAGAAGAGUGGAGGAUUUGAGGAAGUUGAGCGAGCGAGGAUGGCUAAGGACGAGCGAAUACGACGAGAGGUUUGGGAACGAAUGAAUGGCAUGAUGGCUGAUGAACCGGCCGGAGGGGAAGAAGAGGAGGAAGAGGAAGAAGAAGAGGAGGAGGAGGAAGAAGUGGAAGAGGAAGAGGAGGAAGAGGAAGGUGAAGAAGGCGAAGAAGCCGAGGAAUUCGAGGAAAUUGAGGAAGAAGUGGAAGAACAUGACUUGGAGGCGGAAACAGAGGCAGAGACCGACGCGGAGGUUGAGGCGAAGGUGGAAGAACCUACGAAGAAGGCAAAUCCCGCUAAGAAGCUAGCCCACGAUGAUAUAUAAGGCUAAGAGUCUGUUGAUAAGAUGUACACCUUAAUUCCUUGUCUUGUUUUUAGUCAUCACAGGUGUUAUUCGCGCAUAGCUUUGGACGGUCAACACUGUAUUGCCCUAACCUUUUUAUUUUUGUCCUGAUAGCUUAUUUUACAGUUUUUCCCACCUUUGCGUUUCAUGAUGAUCCGGGGUGGUCUGAUACUGAGGAACAAAUGAUUGCCCCUUUUGUUAUUGACUAUUAGAGAUAGUUAAACGAGAUAUUUAUCAAGUCCAAGUUUGUAAAUACAGCCAAGUCCUCGAGCAUGCGAAGAUCAAGGUGCAUGUUUGGCA